GCAUUGUGAAGAGAUCAUUUAUAUGCUCUGUGAUUGGACAUUGUAAAGAGAUCCUUUAUAUGCUCUGUAAUUGGACCAUCUUUUCAUUUCAAAAAGUGCAUUUAAGACAAAGUAAAUCAGGUUGCCCAUCUGUCUUCUGGACAGUGUUUUCCAGUCGUCGUUGACCCUAAUUAAAUCCCACGCAGUACAAACUGAAGAUGGAGAUGUUCGUGAUGCAGACUUUUCUACCUCUUCCACAGUUGUUACAAAGAGACUUCCCAUCGAAAACAAAGAAAACAACGAUCGCACACCCAACACCAAGAACAGCGCUGAUGCAGACUACAACCAAGAAGCUCCAGGAAUCCGACGAGUGCUUCCUGCCAACAUUUUUCUUAAUCCUAACCAGGCAUGCUACACACAGUUUUUUGCAAACGGACGGCCACCAAUUGGUUUACGUACUGCCAACUUAGCGAAUAUGAGGUACAUCUGUCAACAGGUGCCCGCGCAUCCGGGAACGUACUUCUACGCGACGAUGUUCGAUGAAGGUCGGGGAAUUGCAGUUUAUUCAGCGUACGUUUUGAAUGCGAACAACAUCAAUUUUCAAGGACAAGGAGGGUUUGGAUGGAUCCAAACCAACGGUAUCCAACACCAAGGAAGCAAUGGGAUAUAUGCGGGUCAGCCUGCGGGGCAGCAGUUGCACAAAGGUCACUUGUUCGCAGCUCUGACUUCCUCGGGGCUCCCGCAGAUCGCCCCGAACGCCCAGAACGCCGCGAACAGCGCUCGUUCCACUUAUCAAUACACAAAUGCCGUGCCACAGUGUGCAGCUUUCAACACCGGUCAGUGGAGAGUUUGGGAAGGGAGCAUUCGAACGUACGCAGUGAAUAUAUGCAUACCGGCGCAGGGUACCUUGUACCUUAUAACAGGCGUUUCAUUCGUUGGUAUCACAAACGCUAACCCUCCACAGGCAGUUCAAGUUCCGAUUACCACAUUGCCACCAGCGCCACCGAAUAAUCCGGCCGCCAUAGACAAACCAAAUUCAAUGUGGACCGCCGCCAUUUGUGUACCCGCCCAAGGUGGCCAGCCAUACAGCUUUGCAGUGAUUGGGAACAACGUUCAGAUUCCAGCUAAUAUGUUUACACAGCAAAUUACCGUAGCACAGCUAGAGGUUAUUCUUCAGGCUGACAUUGUAAUCAAUGGCGUCAAACGGAACAUGGGGGGAAAGGUCAAACUGUUUCCAGGAAUUACCAACUCUCGGAAUUAUAAUAAUGAACUUCCCGAAGACAAGUAUCCCGAGCCCGUGGAAAACGAAUAAACUUGGAUGCGGUACAAAAAUGUCAUAACAUGGAAAUGACCAAAAAA